CCAUAAGCGUUAGUAGCCUUUAGCUUGGGUCUAUGAGUCAGUGACUCUUUCCUUAUCUGUUCUUUGUCUUCUUAUCCUGUUGACGUUUUCUUAAUAAGCUUAUAGGAAAACUAGAGAGAAAACGAUCAGAUUUUCAUGAUGGCUGAUCAUUUUGGUACCAUUACGGUGAAAUGGGAUCCCAAAAACCUAGAGAUACGUACGAUGUCGGUAGAAAAAACAUUGGAGCCUUUAGUAUUACAGGUAACUACACUUGUAAAUACCAAAGGACCUAGCAAGAAAAAGAAGGGUAGGUCUAAAAGAGCUCAUGUUCUUGUUGCUGCAGUUGAGAAAGCGACUGAAAAUUUCAUUGAAAAAGGAGAAAUGAUAGCUUACGAAAAUCCUGACAUUAAACAAGAAAUGCUUUCUGCUGUCGAGGAAGUCCGCAAAACAGGAGAGGCCAUGAGUGCUGCUGCUAGAGAAUUUGCUGAUGACCCUUGUUCUUCUCUAAAGAGAGGGAAUAUGGUACGUGCUGCCAGGAACCUUCUUUCAGCAGUGACUAGACUUCUUAUACUUGCUGACAUGGUGGAUGUGCAUCUUCUGUUGAAAUCUCUCCGUGUCGUAGAAGAUGACUUGGAAAAGUUAAAAAAUGUGUCAAGCCAAAGUGAAUUAUUAGAAAACAUAAAAGAAUUUGGUCGCAAUGCAACUGAAUUAAUGUCUCAAGCCGCAAAAAGACAACUAGAACUGAAAGACACUCAGCUCAGAGAUGAUUUGGCCGCUGCCAGAGCUGUACUAAAAAAACACUCCACAAUGCUUUUGACUGCCUCAAAGGUUUAUGUUAGACAUCCAGAACUUGCUGCUGCCAAAGCAAACAGGGACUAUGUGUUCAAGCAGGUUUGUGAAGCAGUGAAUACAAUUAGUGAUGUAGCUCAAGGAAAGGGUCCUACGACUACAACCAACCCCUACGAAGGUCCAGGCGAACUUGCUGCAGCCCUCGAUGACUUUGAUGAGAGAAUGGUUAUGGAGCCACUAGCGUAUAGUGAAGUCAGGACAAGACCAUCUCUUGAAGAAAGGCUUGAAAGUAUCAUCAGUGGUGCUGCAUUAAUGGCCGAUUCUUCCUGCACUCGAGAUGAAAGAAGAGAAAGAAUUGUUGCGGAAUGUAAUGCUGUUAGACAGGCUUUACAGGACCUUUUAUCUGAGUAUAUGGCUAAUCAACUGCAAAUGCAGAGAGCUGGGAAAAGGAUGAGUGUGAAAGAGCAGAGUGAGGGUCUUGGGCGGGCUAUUGACCACAUGUGCCGUAAGACUAGAGACCUAAGAAGGCAGCUUCGCAAAGCAGUAGUUGAUCACGUAUCAGACAGCUUUCUAGAAACAAGUGUUCCCCUUCUUGUUCUUAUAGAGUCUGCCAGAGCAGGCAAUGAAAAAGAAGUUGAGGAGUAUGCGCUUGUUUUUACAGAGCAUGCGAACAAACUUGUUGAGGUAGCUAACCUUGCCUGCAGUAUGUCUGGAAAUGAAGAUGGCGUCAAGAUGGUUCGUUAUGCUGCAGCACAGAUUGAUGCGCUGUGCCCUCAAGUAAUCAAUGCUGCUCGCAUCCUUGCAGCAAGGCCCAGGUCAAAAGUGGCUCUUGAAAACAUGGAUGUUUUUAGAGAUGCUUGGGAAAAUCAAGUCCGUGUGUUAACAGAGGCUGUUGAUGACAUAACAACAAUUGAUGAUUUUCUAGCAGUUUCUGAAAAUCAUAUAUUGGAAGACGUAAAUAAAUGUGUUCUUGCAUUACAAGAAGGCGAUGGUGAUUCUUUAGACAGAACUGCUGGUGCUAUACGAGGAAGAAGUGCAAGGGUUGCAAACGUUGUUACUGCUGAAAUGGACAAUUAUGAACCUGGAAUUUACACUGAAAGGGUUUUAGAGGCUAUUAAAGUAUUAAGGGAUCAAGUGAUGCCAAAUUUUGCUCAAAGGGUUGAAGCAGCAGUGGAUGCACUUUCAUCAAAUCCGCCGAAAGAUGUUGAUGAGAAUGAAUUCAUUGAUGCCUCGAGGUUAGUCUAUGAUGGUGUGAGGGAAAUCCGCCGAGCUGUGCUUAUGAAUAGGACUUCGGAAGAGUUAGAUACAGAUACCGAAUUCGAACCUUAUGAAGAUUUGAUGAUUGAUAACAGGCCUAAGCAAACAAGCGUCCAAACUGUCGAUCAUGGUGUGGAUGAAUAUCCUGACAUCAGUGGAAUAACAACCGCCAGGGAAGCAAUGCGAAAGAUGACUGAAGAAGACAAACAGAAGAUAGCUCAGCAGGUCGAGUAUUUCCGCACUGAGAAACUUAAAUUUGAUCGAGAAGUGGCUAAGUGGGAUGAUACAGGGAAUGACAUCAUUGUACUCGCUAAGCACAUGUGCAUGAUUAUGAUGGAAAUGACAGAUUUUACAAGAGGACGUGGGCCUCUGAAAACAACAAUGGAUGUCAUUAACGCAGCCAAGAAGAUUUCUGAAGCUGGUACCAAACUCGACAAGCUGACAAGGCAAAUUGCAGAUCAAUGUCCAGAGUCUUCGACCAAAAAGGAUUUGUUGGCAUAUCUCCAGAGAAUAGCACUCUACUGCCACCAACUUAACAUUACGUCUAAGGUCAAAGCUGAUGUCCAAAACAUAAGUGGGGAAUUAAUUGUUUCGGGAUUGGACAGUGCAACAUCCUUAAUUCAAGCAGCUAAAAAUUUAAUGAAUGCAGUUGUUCUCACUGUUAAAUCCUCUUAUGUGGCAAGUACCAAAUAUCCACGACAAGGAACCGUAACAGAAAUAGCUGAGGCAGGUAUCUUAAACCGAGAUUCUGGAUCUUUUUAUUUUCCUGUUACUGAUUCUACUUCAAUUCUCUGCAACAUUGCCUUGUCACCGAUUGUGGUGUGGAAAAUGAAAGCACCAGAAAAGAAGCCACUUGUGCGACCUGAGAAGCCUGAGGAAGUAAAAGCCAAGGUGAGAAAAGGGUCACAGAAAAAGGUCCAGAACCCCAUCAAGGCACUGAGUGAAUUCCAGAGUCCUGCUGAAUCUGUUUAAUGUAAUGAAAUAGUGAAUUGUUGUACUCAAGAUGUACUGUUUCAGUUUUUUUUUUUAACAUAAACAAAUAUGUUUACACUCCCACUGCUUUUGCUUUGUCGUUAUCCUAAUUUUAAAAAUUGAUUCUUUCAGUGGUACAAGAUCUUUGAUUCAUUGUAAUCUUUUAUACCACCAACAUUUCUUAUGUACUUUAUUGUUGUAAAUUUUACAGUGGUAUUGUUUACUUUUAAAUUUCAAGACACAAAAUAUGAAUUGGCAACUUGUAAAAGAAUAAUUUCUGAUUUCCAAAAUUAAUGCAAGUGCAAAACAAGUUACCAGACGUAUUUAAAUGACAUAAUCGACUAAUGUAUCUUCUUUUAAUAUACAUGAAAAAUCCACAAAUAAUUA